CGGCCGAGCGCGCAGGGAGUCCGCCGGAGUCUGGGGAGUGGGGCCGCCGGGCGCGCGGGGCGGGCGGCGAGCGGAGCCGGCCGGAGAGGGCCGGGCAGCGGCCGCCGCCGUCCCGGAGAGCGCGGGCCGGCGCGGGCGGGCAGGAGGAUGGAGCUGAAUUCCCUGCUGAUCCUGCUGGAGGCGGCCGAGUACCUGGAGCGCAGGGACCGAGAGGCCGAGCACGGCUACGCCUCGGUGCUGCCCUUCGACGGCGACUUCGCCAGGAAGAAGACAAAGGCGGCCGGCCUGGUGCGCAAGGCCCCGAACAACAGGUCUUCACACAAUGAACUAGAAAAGCACAGACGAGCCAAACUCAGGCUCUAUCUGGAGCAGCUCAAGCAGCUGGUGCCCCUGGGCCCUGACAGUACCCGCCACACCACGCUGAGCCUCCUCAAGCGGGCCAAGAUGCACAUCAAGAAACUGGAGGAGCAGGACCGCCGGGCACUGAGCAUCAAGGAGCAGCUGCAGCGGGAACACCGCUUCCUGAAGCGGCGCCUGGAGCAGCUGUCCAUGCAGAGUCUGGAACGCGUACGCACGGACAGCACGGGCUCCGCUGUCUCCACUGAUGACUCAGAGCAAGAAGUGGAUGUAGAGGGCAUGGAGUUUGGCCCUGGUGAGCUGGACAGUGUUGGCAGCAGCAGUGACGUGGACGACCACUACAGCCUGCAGAGUGGUGGCUGCAGCGACGGGGGCUACGGGCCCCCCUGCCGGCGGCCUGGCCGCCCCGGCCUCUCGUAGGCCCCGUGCCCUCUGCUCCGUGGCCCGCCUGCCUACCCGGCCAAGCGUGCCAGCCCUCCAGUCCUCGAAAGCCUCUCCACGGGCCCGCUGCUGUGCCAUUCUGGAAGCUCCAGCUGCCGCCCGGGCUGCCCGCCUCCGCCCGCCUGCCGGUCAGGGCCUGCCGUGCCGCCCACCCCUCCCAGCUGGGCAGGGACCCCUGCAGGGAGACGGGGCCCAGCUCCCACAUCCCGGAGCCCAGCGUAGCCGCCCACGGUCUGUUCUCAGAUUUCUAAUCAUUCCAGAAGUAUUAAAUAUCAUUGCUGCAAA